AUGCGGACAACGGCGGAGGCGGCUCAUGGCGACGUGCGGCGGCAGACACUUGCAAAUCUGCGGCGGCUUGGCUGCCCCGAUGAAACAGCACUUCGACUUACUCUUCGUUGGGGAGCAGACAUCGAGAGUUGUGUGCAGGAGCUGCAUCGAAGGCGUCGACCGUGUUUGAUAGCGCUCGACGUCUCUUCUCGGCAAAAGGAUUACCUGAGCCACGUGUGUCAGUCCAUGAGGCCAGUAAACAAAACACAGCUGCCGUGUUUCCGCAAGGAGCACCUUAACGAACCCAGCAGCGGCUACCCGGCGCUGACCUGGGACGCCGUGGCGAAGCGGAUCAACUUCGGUCCCCGGGUUGAAAUUUUUUUUCUUGAUGUUUCAGCUGACAUCAGGUGCAACCGUGACUACUACGAGGACUACUAUCAACAUGAAAUUAUUGCAGGUGGAUACGAGGACAUUUUGGCCUUUAUCACGACUGUGGAUGGUCUUGUUCCGCUUAUAGACUACUUGCAUGCCAGACACUUUGGUACAAUGCCGCCGCACCGUCCCUCUGCUCCGCGAAGGCCUCCUGCCGUGAGCAAUAACGGGAGCGGGACGAUGCCUGCAUCCCGACCUUGCAGCAGAGGCAAUACGGAAAGGGUGCAAAUAAGUCGCUCAAACGUCCUGCACACCUUACGGCGUCGUACCCGAAUUCUUUUUGGAAACGAUCCAUUCACCUCCGUCGUACAACGACAAGAUAAGGAUGGCAUGCAACUGACGUUAAAGGCCCAUGGUCUGGCAUAUAUUCGAGGCUCUGCUGGAUUUAACGCUGCGGAUGCGAAGCGCUGGAAAGAGCAGCAUGGGAUUCCAUUUCCUGUUGUUCUUAAACCUGUGAGUGGUGCAGGUUCUGAGUUAAUGUCUCUCUGCUACACAGAUGAUGAAAUUGAUGUGGCAUUUGCGCUUACAUCUGGCGUGAAGACAACCCAAAUGACUGAGGCAUCGCACAUGGUUUUACAGGAGUACAUUGAAGGUCCGGAGUACGUUGUUAAUGUUGUGAGCUACAAGGGCAAACAUGUUGUCACUGACGUCUGGAAAAGUUGGAAGUAUCCAAUGUCGUUUUAUGGCGCCUGUCUUCCUCCUUCUGCAAAGGAGCAACUAAAGAAGGAGUCUCAAGCUACGGAGCGUGGUAAAGUUUCUGCUCGGCACAACAGUACAGGAAUUAUUUAUGACCGUAUUGAGUUUGUUCACAACUUGGCACAGAGGGACCCGGGGAGUGAGGUGCGACGUGUUGUGGCGUACACCCUUCAGUGCCUUGACGCUCUUGGUAUGCAUCAGGGAUGUUCACACUGUGAGGUUCGCGUCGAUAACCGACCUGGCAGUAGCACACUUGGGAUGCCUAUUCUUAUCGAGCUUAACCCGCGCGUGCUUGGCGACACCCCUCGCGCCACUUCUCUCGUGGGCUACGACCAGUACAUGCUCUUGAUGUAUUUGGUUUUUGCCGCCGCCGUUAUACCCGAGGAAAAACGUUCUCUCAUUUUGCCUUCUAAGAGCUGUGAUGGGAAAACAAAUGCAGAGGGUGUCCGGGAUUUGUUCCCAUGGCCACCUGCCCCGCUUCUUUAUGCAUCGCUUACAACCGACGUCUCGUGUCACGUGAUUUUUUUGCGCGCUGAGGAGAACAGCGUGGUGUGCAAUAUGGGCAUUUGCAAUAUCGUUGCGCUGCCAACCUUUGGGUACUUUACAAGGCGCAGAGAUCUCAACGACCUGGGACAGUCGGGCACCCUAACGCACGUGGCGAAAACGGUAGACCUCUUCAGUUCGCCGCUGGCGUGUGUUCUUAACGGUGCCGAGGCGGAUCUCCGUCGUGAUGCGGCGUAUAUUCGUCGUGUGGAGAACAAGGACUUCAAGGCGUUGAUUCCGCCCCUGAACGCCGCACUGGAGCUUCAGUUCACCACCCAGAAAAUGCCUAGCACCUCCCCUACAUCUUGCUUUUGCACUGAAGCGUCCGAUGGCGCCGACGUUGCCGCAGAGGAAAAGAAGUUACAGUCCACAUGCAGUGCCUCGAAAUUUGAUGCCGCAGUGAAUGAAAUUGUGUCUUUCUUCACGCAAGCGGAGCUUCCGUUGUUUGUGCCUCUGAGUUACUUCAUCGAUCUAAAGCUCUUGGGUCUUGAGCACCUUGUCUUGGGCGCCGCCAGCAGAGCUUGA